UUAACAUCUGAAAGGACUCUGAAAUAGCAUUUCAUAUAGACAACAAAGUUAUGAAAAGCCCAGUCCUAGCACUCUUUUGUGCUAUAGCAUUAGUUAGCGCUGAACUUAACGAGAACGGGUGCCCCAUUAACCCAUAUGUAGACAUCCUCAAACCGCAUCCCAACUGCAAUAAGUACUACCAAUGCGUCCAAGGUGAACUAUAUGAGCGGCCUUGUGCGUCAGACCUUUUGUUCAACGAGGAAACACAGGAGUGUGACUGGGCAAUAAACGUUGACUGUGGCAACAGGCCAAUAGCCCCAGAGGGUAGCGGAGAAUCUGGAAACGACAGCAAGGCUAGUGGAGACAGUAGCGAGUCUGGAAAUAAUAGCAGCAGUAACGAAGAUAGUGAAACUAGCGAGAGCAACUCCAGUAGCAACGAGAGCGGUAACAAUGGUGGUGGUGGAAACGGAAACCCAAGUGAAGCUCCCAUAAUCUGUGCUGCUGAAGGUUCCAACGGUGUACUCGUAGCCCACGAAAACUGCAAUCAGUUCUACAAGUGCGCUUAUGGCGUACCUGUUGCACUAGACUGCAAUUCAAAUCUUUUGUACAACAUUGAAAAGGAGCAAUGCGACUGGCCAGAGAAUGUGAACUGCGAAGGCAGAAACCAAGGUGGUAACGACGACAAUGGCAAUGGCAAGAGUGUCGAAGAUAGUAAUAACGAAGAAGAAGAAGCAGACAAAGAAGACGGAAACAAUGACAAUAACAAUAACAAUGGUGGUGGAAAUGGAAACCCUAGCGAAGCUCGCGAAAUCUGCGCUGCCGAAGGCUCAGAUGGUGUACUGGUAGCCCACGAAAACUGCAAUCAGUUCUACAAAUGUUCUGAGGGAUCACCUGUUGCGUUGGACUGCCCGUUAAACCUUUUGUACAACUAUGCCAACGAGCAAUGCGACUGGCCAGAGAACGUGAACUGCGAAGGCAGAAACCAAGGUGGUAACGGCGACAAUGGCAAUGGCAAGAGUGUCGAAGAUAGUAGUAGCGAAGAAGCAGAGAAAGAAGACGGAAAUAACGACAAUAACAAUAACAACGGUGGUGGCAAUGGAAACCCUAGUGAAGCUCGCGAAAUCUGCGCUGCCGAAGGCUCAGAUGGUGUACUGGUAGCCCACGAAAACUGCAAUCAAUUCUACAAAUGUUCUGAGGGAUCACCUGUUGCGUUGGACUGCCCGUCAAACCUUUUGUACAACUAUGCCAACGAGCAAUGCGACUGGCCAGAGAACGUGAACUGCGAAGGCAGAAACCAAGGUGGUAACGGCGACAAUGGCAAUGGCAAGAGUGUCGAAGAUAGUAAUAACGAAGAAGAAGAAGCAGACAAAGAAGACGGAAACAAUGACAAUAACAAUAACAACGGUGGUGGCAAUGGAAACCCUAGCGAAGCUCGCGAAAUCUGCGCUGCCGAAGGCUCAGAUGGUGUACUGGUAGCCCACGAAAACUGCAAUCAGUUCUAUAAAUGUUCUGAGGGAUCACCUGUUGCGUUGGACUGCCCGUUAAACCUUUUGUACAACUAUGCCAACGAGCAAUGCGACUGGCCAGAUAACGUGAACUGCGAAGGCAGAAACCAAGGUGGUAACGGCGACAAUGGCAAUGGCAAGAGUGUCGAAGAUAGUAGUAGCGAAGAAGCAGACAAAGAAGUCGGAAACAACGACAAUAACAAUAACAACGGCGGUGGCAAUGGAAACCCUAGCGAAGCUAGCGAAAUUUGCGCUGCCGAAGGCUCAGACGGUGUACUAGUAGCCCACGAAAACUGUAAUCAAUUCUACAAAUGUUCUGAGGGAUCACCUGUUGCGUUGGACUGCCCGUUAAACCUUUUGUACAACUAUGCCAACGAGCAAUGCGACUGGCCAGAGAACGUGAACUGCGAAGACAGAAACCAAGGUGGUAACGGCGACAAUGGCAAUGGCAAGAGUGUCGAAGAUAGUAAUAACGAAGAAGAAGAAGCAGACAAAGAAGACGGAAACAAUGACAAUAACAAUGACAAUAGUGGUGGAAAUGGAAACCCUAGCGAAGCUCGCGAAAUCUGCGCUGCCGAAGGCUCAGACGGUGUACUGGUAGCCCACGAAAACUGCAAUCAGUUCUACAAAUGUUCUGAGGGAUCACCUGUUGCGUUGGACUGCCCGUUAAACCUUUUGUACAACUAUGCCAACGAGCAAUGCGACUGGCCAGAGAACGUGAACUGCGAAGGCAGAAACCAAGGUGGUAACGGUGACAAUGACAAUGGCAAGAGUGUAGAAGAUAGUAGUAGCGAAGAAGCAGACAAAGAAGACGGAAACAAUGACAACAAUAACAACGGUGGUGGAAAUGGAAACCCUAGCGAUGCCCCUGAAAUCUGUGCCAAGGACGGCUCAGAUAGUGUCCUAGUGGCCCAUGAGAACUGCAACCAGUACUAUGUAUGUAGAGACGGCUUGCCUGUGACUCUUGAUUGCAAUCCAAAUCUGGUCUUCAAUCCUGAUACCGACCAAUGUGACUGGCCAGAACUAGUAGACUGCGGUAAUCGUCGCACGUUUACAUCGCUGAACAAACAUCUGCACUUUAUUAGGAUGUAAAUAAAU